AUGCGCUUCACGCCUCUCCUCGCGGCCCUAGCGGCCUCCUCGGUCACUGGUUCUUUUGUCGAACCCCGUGACCCAAACAAGCUGUUCACGCUGGAGAUUGCUCCAGGCGAGACUGUCACCGUCACGGAGGAAGAGAAAUGGGAGAUGAUGGACAAACGCGUCCACUUCUUCGACAUCACAGAAUGGUCCGAUGUCCCAGCAGUCGCCCCCGCCGCAGACUUCAAGCCCCUCGCUGCUCUCCCCUUCCCUACGGAGAUGAACCAGACGUGCCACGUCAAUGCCCUGAUUCCGAAGCUGAACAAGGACAACAUGCAAGCGCACCUCGAGCGCUUCUCGUCCUUCCACAACCGGUACUACCUCUCGAAGACGGGCGUUGAGUCAGCAGAGUGGCUGUAUGGCCAGAUCAACGCCGUCCUGGAUGUUGCAGGACAUCCCACCGCCAAUAUCCGCUAUGUGCGUCAUACUGCGUGGUCGCAGCCUAGCAUUAUUGUUACGAUUCCCGGGCGCAAUCAGCGGACUGUUGUCUUGGGUGGGCAUCUUGACUCCGUCAUUUCUGGAGAUCGUGGCGCUGGCCGUGCGCCUGGUGCUGAUGACAACGGCUCCGGCUCGGUUAUGAUUCUCGAGGUCCUCCGUGUCCUCCUCUCCGACCCGAAGAUCGCCUCUGGUGAUAUCCUGAACACCCUGGAGUUCCACUGGUACGGCGCCGAAGAGGCCGGUCUGCUCGGAAGCCAGGAUAUCUUCACCCAAUAUCGUGCCUCCAGUCGCCAGGUCGUGUCAAUGUUGCAGCAAGAUAUGGUUGGCUACAUCGGCCGCGACGGUGUCGAGAGGUUUGGCGUCGUUACUGACUGGGUGGACCUUGACCAGGUUGCAUUCAUGAAGCGCAUCAUUGAUACUUACACCGAUAUCCCUUACGAGGAGACUGUCUGCGGAUAUGCCUGCUCCGAUCACGCUUCUGCUAACCGCAAUGGCUAUCCGUCCUCGUUCAUCUUUGAGACGCCUUUCGGCAACCAUAACCCUUAUAUCCACAGUCCGAAUGACACGAUGGAGUACGUCUCAUUCGAUCACGUUUUGCAGCACGCAAAGAUGGCGACCGGAUACAUGUACGAAUUGGCAUAUUGGCCUUUCGCCUAA